GUGGUCACACUUCAGAUACCGGGCUUAAUUUGUGUUUAAUACAUUUAUUUAAAAUAUAUAUUAAAAUGGCCACCUACGAGGAAGUGAAGGAUGUUCCAAACCACCCGGAAAAGUACCUCUUCGACGUUCGCAACGAAUCAGAGCUGAAGGAAACGGGUGUCCUGCCCGCCAGCAUAAACAUUCCAUUGGCUGAACUGGAGAAGGCCCUGAACCUGCCGGACGAGGCCUUCGCCGAGACCUAUGGACGCGAAAAGCCGGCCAUCGACGCGGUGCUGAUCUUCUCCUGCAAGGCGGGAGGACGUGCCGCUCGAGCGGCCAACCUGGCCAACACAUUGGGCUUUACCAACGCCAAGGCCUAUCCCGGAUCCUGGACGGAGUGGCAGGCGAAGCAGUCUUAAAAAAAUUGUAAACGUGUCUAAAAAUUUGAUUACAAAUAAUAAAAAGGUCCAACAAUCUA